GCUUGCUGCCCAGCUGUGAAGCCGAGCUUUGCAGCAGUGGCCUCCCGGCGGCCAGUCCAAGGGUCGCCGACAACUGCACGGGAAUCCGAACAGGUGAAGCCUGCGAGAGGAGCUGUGCGCAGGGCUUCUCCGGCGAGGAUGUGGUCUACGUCUGCACCAGCGAUGGAGCGGCCGUCAGCAACUCGAGCUCGCACUGCAGCCCACUGGCCUGCAACGUGUCGGAGGCUCCGGAGAAUGUUAUCCACACCUGCAGCGGCAUUGUCUUCGGCGGUGGCUGUUCAGCCUUCUGUGCACCCGGCUAUGGCGACGCCAGUGGGAGCAGCGUGCAAAGUUGGAGCUGCGAAGGAGCCGAGUCUGGGCUGGACCUGAUCCCCGGCCAGGGCACCAGUGACGUCGGCUUGAGAGGUUUUGUGCCCAACUGCGUCCCCCUGGGAUGCUUCUACAACUUUCCUUCUGGGGCCCAGUACCAGCAUGACUGUGAUGGAGUGGUGACCGGCGGUAGCUGCAAUGUCUCUUGCGCUGAAGGCUGGGAGGGCCCCGGCUCAGUUCUAAGUUGCUCUGCAGAUGCCGGCCUCGUCGGUGCCUUCCCCGCAUGCUCCUUCCUCGUGGUGACGCAGACGAUCACAAGCACAACAGUGUCCACCAUGACGACAACCAACACUGAUUUACUGUUCGAGAUUCGGGUGGCCGUCACUGGCCGCUUCAUCGUGGCUGUAAACAACUCCCAAGACUUUAUGUCCGAUGAUUCGGUCACGGCCGCCUUCGCCACUGUCCUCGCCACGCU